CCCUAGCUCUCUCUUCGCCAAAUCCUCUUUUACAAAUCACAGAAGUUCUAAACCCUAGCUCUCUCUUCUCCAAUUUCAUCACUAAUUUCUUCCAUUUUCACCAAAUUUCACCAAAUUUCAUCAAUUUCAAAGAGGAAAAAUGCCAAGGUGCAAGAACCCUACGCGUCAAGAAUCGGCGGCGGAAGAAGGGGAGCGUCCAUGGCGUCGUGAAGGAAGCAAAUACAUCCACAUUCAGAUGGGCCUCGCCUUCAACACUGGAGCUUCCAUAGAAAGAGGUGAAAUUACCGACAACUUAGAUGAAACAUUCCAAGAUGAGGCAAUUUGGAGACAACUCGGGUUAGAUUAUCGUGACCUCAAAUUUAGAAAUUCUAGUAGCCCGAGUGUCAUUAACCUCACUUUGAUUCAACAUGUCCAACAAUACAUCUUUUCUUAUGUUUUGUUGCCCCGUGAUUCGAACCAUGGCAUUGUCAACAAGGACGAUAUUCAAUUGUUUCACGUCCUGUUGAACAAUGUCAAAUUUGAUUGGGUUCACUUCUUUCUCGUUGCACUUAGUGAUGGUACUCGCUUUUCCCAUCUUCGUUUUGCCAUCCCUGUCAUGCAUAUCCUUGCUCAUUGCAAAGUGGACCUUACUCGGGACACUCGGGUGCCGGUGAAGAAGACUUGCUUCAUCAAGGAAACCAUGUUCACCCGGACUGUCUUCCGCGAAGAGAGAACCGGCGAGCAAAAUAUGGAUUUGGUUAUUGCCGACGAAGAGGAGAACGAGAACGAAGCUGAGUCGUCUCGGGCCUGAGAAAGUUGAACCAUAGAGCGCAUCACUCAUCAACGCAGGACUCGUCCAAGAGAAGAAGCACCGAAACCUUCUUGGGUGAAGAGGAUCUUUGACACUCUCACGUGCAUUCGGGACGAUGUUCGGCAUCUCAACGAGAGGAUGACUCGUUUCGAACAAUCCAGCUCCUACCGUGGCCCGCGUCACAGCUUUAGCGGAUGAGCUUGUCCGGCGCGUUCUCUCUGAUCUUGUUGACAUUAUUUAUGUUAUGACUUUUUAUGGUACAUCAUUAAAUGCUAUUGUUUUUA